AUGACAGAGGGACAGCGCGCCAAGCGCCUGGUCGUCAUGUACGCCUCCCAAACCGGCAACGCAGAGUGGAUGGCAAAGCAUAUCCACGAAGAGUCGCUCGCUCGCGGCUACACCUCAACGUGCCACGUCCUCGACGACCACGCCAAAGCCUCGCUCGCCUCCGCCGACCACGACCCCUGGGCCCUCGUCGUCGUCGCCUCCACCACCGGCGACGGCGACCCGCCAGACAACGCCACAAAGUUCUGGCGCUGGUUGCGUCGCGCAAAGGGACCUGAACUCGAAGCGUUCAAGGGCAAGAAGUUUGCGGUGCUGGGGCUGGGCGAUACCAAUUACAGCAACUUUUGUAAUACGGGGAAACGACUGGAUCGGAAGUUCAACGAUUUGGGCGCUGUGCCGUUUAUGAAGUCGGGCUUUGCGGACGAUGCGACGGGGAUGGAGGCCGUGGUUGAGCCGUGGAUGGAGAAAUUGUGGACCGCCCUGCCUGAGGUUGUGGAUUUUGAUGAGGCAAAGGCAAAGGCGUAUGAGGAAAACGCUGAUAAGCAGUCUAAGCUGGAUCUCGGCAAGUUUGGGAACGGCGACCACUCCUCCGUCUCCGACGCCUUCACACCUCCACUCUCAACCGAAUCCCACAACCGGCUAGAGUCAGGCCCUUACUUUCCCCAACCCCUCGUUAUAAACCUCGACGCCCUCAACAAAGCGGCCCAGCUCACAGGCGUCGCGAAGAUUCCGUCUCGGUUCCUGGAGGUCACUCUCCAUGAUACUGAAACACGAUCAACGGAGGAAAGCAAGGGGGCAGGUGUCUUUCCCCUCCUGCUCAGCCCCGCGGACACUACAUCAGCGUUCGAUUACACAGCAACAAAACCCUUCCGCGCCCGCAUCACCGCCGUCCGCUCCCUCUCCGGCCCCAAAGCCCUUAAACGCGUCAUCGAGCUGAAACUCAACAUCAAAGGCCUAAAGUGGUCCUACGAGCCCGGCGACGCAUUCGGCAUCCUGUGCCCGAACCCCGACACCAUCGUCAACCCCCUACUCACACGCCUGAACCUCACCCCAUCAUCCAUCUGCGAUAUUCAACCUAAGGACGCCUCCGCAGGCGCAGCGCAGGGCCUCCCGUUCACAACGACCCAAAAACCGACAACCUAUGAAGUCUUCCGCUACUUCCUCGACCUGCACGCGUUCCCCAAAAAGGCACUCCUGCGCAUGCUCGCGGAACAUACAUCCGACCAAACAGAGAAACGUACGCUCUACUUCCUCGCAGCCAAAGAGGGUGCGGCGGAGUACAGGAAUCUCCGCACCCAACAACCUACACUGCUGGAUAUCCUCCACACCUUCCCGACCUGCUCCCCGCCCCUCGCACACCUGAUCGAAAACCUCCCCAACCUCCAACCCCGCUACUACUCCGUCUCCUCCUCCCCUCUUAACGACACCAUGAGCGAUGCAGUCACCAUCGGGUUCAACAUCGUCGAAUACACCACCGACCGACCCUUCAACAAACCCAUGGCCGGUAUAUGCUCCACCUGGCUCGACUCCCUCACCGGCCACGUCUCUCCCGGAAACAGGGACUGGGCGGAGUUAACCAGCGAAGUACACGUCCCGAUCUUCCCCAAACCCCAACCGGCGAGCGCGCACCCGUUCAAACUCCCCUCCGAUCCCCAAACCCCGAUCGUCAUGAUCGCCGCGGGGACGGGGUUGACGCCGUUCAUGAGUUUCCUUUCCCAUCGGGGGCAUCGUGCAUCGUCAGACACGGCGGCCGGGCCGACCCUCCUCAUCCACGGCCGCCGGUUCGCGACCCCGGACGCCGACGGCCUGUACGACCCUGAACUCGCGACCCAUGUCGCGGAGGGCACCCUGACGCGGUUUGUGCCCUGCCACUCGCGCGAGACGGAACCGAGCGGGCAUGUCCAUUACCGAUACGUCCAGGACGCGCUCCGCGCCCUCGGAGCCGACAUCUACGGGUACAUGACGGACGCGAAGGCGGUGGUGUAUGUGUGCGGGAGCGUGGCGAUGGCCAAGGAGGUGAACGCGGCGCUUGUGGAUGUGGUGGUGGAGCAGGGGGGUGCGGCGGAUAAACCGGCGGCGGUGGAGGUUGUGAAUGCGUGGGCGAAAGAAGGGCGGUAUUUGAGGGAUAUCUGGGCGUAG